CCGGGCCUCGCGCUGAGGCGGCGUCGGCGGGCAAGAUGGCAGAGUCCGGAGGGGCCGAAGCUUUCGCCUCCGCCGAGCGGCCGCCCACGCCCAGCAUCGCCGGGGGAGGCGGAGGGAGCGGCGGCGGCGGCGGCGGCGGAGGAGGCAGCGGCAGCAGCAGCAUGGCAGACAAGAGCAGCACUUUGAAAUGCACUUUCUCCGCCCCGGGCCACAGCACGACACUCCUGCACGGCUUGGCCUCCCUCCGGGCUCAGGCCCAGCUGCUUGAUGUCAUCCUCACCAUCAACAACGAGGUGUUCCAGGUCCACAAAGUUGUCCUGGCUGCCUGCAGUGACUACUUCAGGGCCAUGUUCACUGGUGGAAUGCGGGAAGCCAACCAGGACGUGAUUGAGCUAAAAGGCGUCUCUGCGAAGGGCUUGAAGCACAUCAUUGAGUUCGCCUACAGUGCCGAAGUGACGCUGGACCUGGACUGCAUCCAGGACGUCCUCGGGGCGGCCGUCUUCCUGCAGAUGGUCCCGGUGGUGGAGCUGUGCGAGGAGUUCCUCAAGUCUGCCAUGAGCGUCGAGACCUGCCUCAACAUCGGGCAGAUGGCCACCACCUUCAGCCUUGCCUCCUUGAAGGAGUCGGUGGACGCCUUCACCUUCCGCCACUUCCUCCAGAUUUCCGAGGAGGAGGACUUCCUCCACCUGCCCCUCGAGCGCCUCGUCUUCUUCCUCCAGAGUAACAAGCUCAAGAGUUGUAGCGAGAUCGACCUCUUCCGGGCCGCCAUCCGCUGGCUGCAGUACGACCCGGCGCGCCGCGGCAACGCCAGCCAGGUCCUCUGCCACAUCCGCUUCCCGCUUAUGAAGUCCUCUGAGCUGGUGGACCACGUCCAGACUUUGGACAUCAUGGUGGAAGACGUGCUGUGCAGGCAGUACCUCCUGGAGGCUUUCAACUACCAGAUCCUGCCCUUCCGGCAGCACGAGAUGCAGUCGCCCCGCACCGCCAUCCGCUCGGACGUGCUCUCCCUCAUCACCUUUGGCGGCACACCCUACACGGACAACGACCGCACCGUGAGCAGCAAGGUCUACUACCUUCUGGAUGGCAGCGCCCGGCAGUUUAAGGAGCUGACGGAGAUGGAGGUGGGCAGCAGCCACACCUGCGUGGCGCUGCUGGACAACUUUGUCUACGUGGUUGGCGGGCAGCACCUGCAGUACCGCAGCGGCGAGGGGGCAGUCGACGCCUGCUACCGCUACGACCCGCACCUGAACCAGUGGCUGCGCAUCCAGGCCAUGCAGGAGAGCCGGAUCCAGUUCCAGCUGAAUGCCCUGCAUGGCAUGGUCUACGCCACGGGGGGCAGGAACCGCUCCGGCAGCUUGGCCUCAGUGGAGAGGUACUGCCCGCGGACCAACGAGUGGAGCUACGUGUGCUCGCUCAAGCGCAGGACGUGGGGGCACGCCGGGGCCGCGGUGGGGGGCAGGCUGUACAUAUCGGGUGGCUACGGGAUCUCGGUUGAGGACAAGAAGGCCCUGCACUGCUACGACCCCGCCAUGGACCAGUGGGAGUUCAAGGCCCCCAUGAACGAGCCACGAGUCCUGCACGCGAUGGUCAGCGCCAACAGCAGGAUCUACUCGCUCGGGGGCCGCAUGGACCACGUCGACCGCUGCUUUGACGUCCUGGCGGUGGAGUACUACGUCCCUGAAGCCAACCAGUGGACGACGGUCAGCCCCAUGCGGGCGGGGCAGUCCGAGGCGGGCUGCUGCCUGCUGGAGAAGAAGAUCUACAUCGUCGGGGGGUACAACUGGCACCUCAACAACGUGACCAGCAUCAUACAGGUGUACAACACGGAGACGGAUGAGUGGGAGAGGGACCUGCACUUCCCAGAGUCUUUCGCUGGCAUUGCCUGUGUGCCGGUCAUCCUGCCACAGACCACAGCUCGGAGGUGACCACUCUGAGACCUCUGCCCAGUCUCCCAAGGCAUCGCAUGCCAUCAAAGAUGUACAUUCUGCCCUGCCCCGUUUUGGAAAAUAAAAUGUUUUGUGUCCAUGGCA